GCUGGGGGCUUCCGGGAAACGCUUUCUGGGAAGGCGGGCCCUGGUGGAGAGAGGCGGCGAGCGAAGGGGCGCGAGUCGCGGGGUCGCGGGCCUCUCCGCGCCGUCGCGGUCUGCCGUCGGGGCUCGGCUUUGCCAUGGAGAGCGGGGGGCGGCCCUCCCUGGGCCAGUUCAUCCUCCUGGGCACCAGCUCUGUCGUCACCGCUGUUCUGUACUCCGUGUACCGGCAGAAGGCCCAGGUCGCCCAACAGCUCAAGGAAGCCAAGAAAAUCCACUUGGGUGACGAUUUGAAGGGUAUUCUUUCAGAAGCUCCAGGAAAAUGUGUGCCUUACGCUGUCAUCGAAGGGGCUGUGCGGUCGGUUAAGGAAACCCUGAACAGCCAGUUUGUGGAGAACUGCAAGGGGGUCAUCCAGCGGCUGACACUUCAGGAGCACAAGAUGGUGUGGAAUCGGACCACCCACCUCUGGAAUGACUACUCAAAGAUCAUUCACCAGAGGACCAACACGGUGCCCUUUGAUCUGGUGCCUCACGAGGAUGGCGUGGGUGUGGCUGUGCGUGUGCUGAAGCCCCUGGACUCCGUGGAUCUGGGCCUGGAGACCGUGUAUGAGAAGUUCCACCCCUCCGUCCAGUCCUUCACGGAUGCCAUCGGCCACUACAUCAGUGGUGAGCGGCCCAAAGGCAUCCAGGAGACGGAGGAGAUGCUGAAGGUGGGGGCCACGCUCACGGGGGUUGGAGAGCUGGUCCUGGACAACAACUCUGUCCGCCUGCAGCCCCCCAAGCAGGGCAUGCAGUACUACCUGAGCAGCCAGGACUUCGACACCCUGCGCCAGCGGCAGGAGUCGAGCGUCAGGCUCUGGAAGGUUCUGGCCCUGGUGUUUGGCUUUGCCACAUGCGCCACCCUCUUCUUCAUCCUGCGGAGGCAGUACCUGCAGCGACAGGAGCGCCUGCGCCUGCAGCAGAUGCAGGAUGAGUUCCUGGAGCACGAGGCCCAGAUGCUGCGCCAGGCCACGCCUGAGGACAGGGAGAGUCUCAAGAGUGCCUGCGUCGUGUGUCUGAGCAGCUUCAAGUCUUGUGUCUUUCUGGAGUGCGGGCAUGUGUGUUCCUGUCGAGAGUGCUACCGCGCCUUGCCAGAGCCCAAAAGGUGCCCCAUCUGCCGGCGGGAGAUCACCCGCGUGAUCCCCCUGUACAACAGCUAAGGGGCUUGCUGUCUUCCAGCUGAGCCAGGAGCAGCCUCCCUGGGCAAGGUUUUCUCUUGAAGCCUUUGGAAGGGGAGGCUGUGCCUCCAGGUCUGAUUGAGCAGACACAUCCAGGCUCCCCCCCUCCACCAGCAGGGUGUUGCCCUUCUUUCCUGGGAGGGCCCUUUGUGCUCCCAGAGUAUUUUGGGGAGCCCCAUGGGUGGGCUGUGGCCUGCCUCUUCUCCCAGGAACCAGAUGAUCUUGUGUGACACAGCACCUGUUUACCUGGGCUUCAAAGCCAGCCAUCUUCAGCACUCCUGGGCCACAGUGGUUGCAGCUGCCCUGUGUGGAGGAAAGGCCGGGCUCCGGGAGUCCUGAGGAGCUGCCUGGGGAGACUCUGCUGCUUUUCUCAUGCCUCUGCCUGGGGUCUGCGUUCAAAGUGUCAGCCUGCGCAGGCUGUGUAUCCCAUCCCCGCUGCUUCCGAAACCUGGGCUCCCAUAUGUAGAGAGGAAGCAGUAAGAUCAGCCAGCAGCAGACCAACAAGCUGAGCCUUGAGGGCCCUGCAGAGGACACACCGGGGCCCUGAUGUGGCCCCUCCAGUGCGAAGCCAGAGCCGGGAGGGCCGCAGGGU